UUUACCAGGAAUGAUCUGCAGAACACUUACAAGAAGAUGUCCUCGAGUAGACCAGCGCAAAACCAAGUGCGGACCUUGAAUGCAGCACAGAGGCAGAGGCCCAUAUUUGCACGGAGAGGCCAGUACGAGCGGCAGAGGGUCCAGGUACCUGCGAAGCCCCACAAGUUCCCGGUUGGUCCCACUGUUCCUAAACCUGCCCCUAAACCAUCUCCAUCACGCUGCUCUCAGCUCACACAGAGCUGCCUGCCCCAAGACGGCUGCUGUGACCUCUGGGCCUCCUGUCACUGCCACUUCUUCAACGCCAUCUGCUUCUGUCGCCGCACCACCCCUCUCCACGCACUCGGACAGUACGGGCAAACCUGAGCCAUACCACAGCAUCUGACUCUGAUUUUUUUCUGACAAGUACAGCAAUUGUGAAUAGAUUUGCGGUAUACUGUGUGUUAAAAAAGCAGAUUUCGGUUCAGACAGAACAUUGUAAUCAACUCCAGGAGCAUCUGAGAGAAGACUGAAAUAGACUCAUAAACUAUUACAAGAAUCUCGUGCAUUUCAGAACAUGUCUGUAGUCUGAACUACAGGUACAAAAAGAUUUACUAUAGAAGACAGGAUAUUUUGUUCUUUGCAGAUUUUCCAAAUGAUUGUAGAUUUGUGAUUUGAUAAUUACGCCAACUCAAAUAACAAUUUCGAUUUAAUAACCAGUAUUUGUGUCAACAGUGCCUUACUCACCAGCGACAAUCAAAGACUUUUAGCAGUAUUUUGAGUGUUUUCCACAAACAUAUUACCUUUUUACUGGACUUGUUGUUACUUGUGAUUACAUUGUCUUCACUACAAAGCAUGUUAGUAUUAUGUUGUUAAUAGACGUGCUGCUAAUUCCCCAUUUCAACAUGCGCCACUCCCCAUCGCUGCCAGCAGAGAGAGACAGACACACUUCAUCCAAGCAUUCUCUGGACAUGUGACUCAAAUAGACACUCUGUACGAGGUUGUGUUGAUGAUAUUCUGUAAUAUGAACCAAUCGCUCUGUGGGUGAUUCACUGUUUUGGAAAAAUGAAUCAGGGCUCAAAAUACAAAAGCCAUUUUAGUCUUCUGGUAUAUACAGCAGUCAUACCUGGGAUCCAGAAAACACUUUUUCAGUACUUGAUGUGAAAAACAAAGAUGUGAGUUUGGUCACCGGGGAAUCUCUCAGAUGGGCGUGAUUGACAGGUGGAUUAGCCAAUCAGGGACAUGCACGGGCCGUCUGUAUCAAAACACAUAUGGGACUGAAAACAUUGCAAAUUUCUGCAGAAACUCCAACUAAAAUCUGUGAAAUAAAAUUUUGUUCAAAAUGA